UUGUUCUCCAAUGACAGAGCACCCGACACAACGUCAGGGUCUGGCGUUACAUUUGCCUUUUACCAAAGUUGUACAUUCGGAGCCGAGCCCUCCAACGUGGCGAUCCCCCCAAUCCAGCCAGCCAACCAACCAAGCCAAGAGCGGGGUAAAAAUACUACAGUGGGUCUGAACCACUGGAUUUUCUGCUGAAUCACUAACAUAGAGGCUACCAGUCGAAGAUUAGCGGUUUAAGUAGAAAACCCCCCCCCUAAAACUACUACAGGGCAACUCCCCCCGAAACGGGCUACAAGAUGGAGAAGCUGCCAUUGCCCAAUGAUGAGGAUGGCAGUGUUUUGACUGAGAGUCGAUCAGACAUGGCUCUGGUGGUGGCUGAUGAAGCAGGGUCCGCCGGUGCUGAUGUGCCAGAGGACGACAGGCCAGCGUGGGACAGCAAGCUGCAGUAUGUGCUCGCUCAGGUGGGCUUUAGUGUUGGCCUGGGCAAUGUCUGGAGGUUCCCCUAUCUCUGCCACCAAAAUGGAGGAGGUGCCUUUAUGUUACUGUAUGUGAUGCUGUUGCUCAUUAUCGGGGUUCCUCUGUUCUUCAUGGAGCUGGCCGCUGGGCAAAGCAUCCGUCAGGGCAGCAUCGGGGUCUGGAAGCACAUCUCGCCCCGCCUCGCCGGCAUCGGUUACUCCAGCUGCAUGGUUUGUUUCUUCGUGGCCCUGUACUAUAAUGUGAUCAUUGCCUGGGCUCUGUUCUAUAUGGGGAAUUCAUUCCAGUAUCCAUUGCCAUGGGAGAAGUGUCCUGUAGAUAUGAUCUCAAACCAGACAGUGAAGGAAUGUGCGUCAAGCUCUCCUACCUCGUAUUUCUGGUUCAGAAAGGCUCUGGAUAUCUCAGACUCCAUAGAUCAGUCAGGAGAGUUUAACCCCAUCAUGACCGGUUGCCUGCUUGCAGCCUGGACUAUAGUGUGUCUCGCGAUGAUCAAGGGCAUCAAGUCUUCUGCCAAGGUGAUGUAUUUCUCCUCUGUGUUCCCUUACGCUGUGUUGAUCUGUUUUCUAAUCAGAGGGCUCAUGUUGGACGGCGCUAUAGAGGGCAUCAAAUAUAUGUUUUAUCCCAAGCUGGAGAUCUGGGGGGAGGUGCAGGUGUGGCGUCAGGCUGCUACACAGGUUUUCUUCGCUCUGGGUCUGGGUUACGGCUCUGUGAUCGCUUACUCGUCCUACAAUCCCGUGCAUAACAACUGCCACCGGGACGCCAUCAUGGUCUCAGGCAUCAACUUCAUGACCUCAGUACUGGCCUCUCUGGUUGUCUUCGUGGUCCUCGGUUUCAGAGCCAAGAACAUUGCUUUGGAUUGUGUUGCAGCUAAUGUGGCCAGGAUGGCAGGAAUAGCAACAACAGGUUCGUCGGAGCAUUGGUGGCCAUGGUUCAACAUUUCAGACCCCAAGUCAGUGACUCUUCAAGACUACAGAGAAUGGUACAGCCACUAUGGAAGCCUGCUAGGGUCAAACCUCACUGACUGUGACCCGGAGAGAGAAAUGAGCGAGGGUGUAGAGGGCACGGGUUUGGCGUUUAUAGCAUUUACGGAGGCGAUGGCAUUGUUUCCUGCAAGUCCAUUUUGGUCGACUUUGUUCUUCCUCAUGCUGCUGAAUUUGGGCCUCUCCACCAUGUUCGGCACCAUGCAGGGGAUUCUUACCCCACUCAUGGACAACUUCCGAGUGCUGGGGCGCCACAAGACCAUGUUGACGGUGUGUAGCUGUGUCCUGGGCUUCUUCAUUGGCCUGCUGUUCACUCAGAGAAGUGGCAACUAUUUUGUAACGAUGUUUGAUGACUACUCUGCCACAAUGCCACUGAUCAUCGUUGUGGUUUUUGAGACCGUCAGCGUGGCGUGGAUUUACGGUGCUGAUCGUUUCUUGGAUGAUGUGGAGGUGAUGCUGCACUGGCGUCCUCCAGUGAUUUAUCGCUAUUUGUGGAAGUAUGUGUGUCUGUUCGGCAUGGUGGGACUGCUGGCUGCUAGUCUUCUCCGCAUGGUCUUCAAACGGCCCACUUACACAGCUUGGAACCACACCACGGGAUCUGAAAGUAGCCUGGAGUAUCCUGGAUGGGCUCUGGUCAUGCUCUCCAUGCUAAUCAUCGUAGCAUCCCUCCCUGUGCCCAUUGGCUACCUGUUCUCCUUCCUCGGUGGACGGAGCCUGCCGGUGGAGGAGGGCGAGACUGAGCCUCCAAGAGAACGAUACUCCAAAUGCAAUUCUGCUGAGCCAGAGCCGAAUAACCACCACUCCCCACUGGACGAAGACAGGAACCGGCCGCUCUCCACCUUCCUUCCCCUGGGUGCUGAACACUACAGGCUGCUUCCGCAACAGGAAGAGGGAGAGGAAGAGGAAGAGGAAGAGGAAGACACUGGGCUGUAA